CCUGCCAGCCAAUGGAGGCUCGUGGCAGGCGGGCUCGCCCCGCCCCUCUCCCCUCCGCCUCCUGUGGCAGUUUGAAGUGACUAAUUUCUGUCAUAUGACUGUGACACCAAUGGGGGCGGCGGCCGCUGGGCGGAACUAGAUGCUCCACGGCUGCUCUCGCAGCUCCCCGAAGGGGCCCAGGUUCUGGCAGCCCCCUUCCCCAUACACUACUUACUACUCGCCUAGCCCUUCGGAAAAAGCCAGUCCCACUCGGCCCCACAGCCCUGGGCCUGGCGCGGCCGGACCUGACCGGGCCAAGAUGCCCCCGACCCUCUUCCAGAAGCUCUUCAACAAAAGGAGCGGGCUGGGCUCCCCCGGUCGGGACGCCCGGGACCCCGACUGCGUCUGCAGUUGGCCUUUGUCGGAGUUUGAUCCAAGCCAAAUUCGACUAAUCGUGUAUCAAGAUUGUGAAAGAAGAGGGAGGAAUGUCUUAUUCGAUUCUAGUACUAAAAGAAAAACUGAAGACAUAUCUGUGUCGAAACUUUGCAGUGAUGCUCAAGUAAAAGUCUUUGGGAAAUGCUGCCAACUAAAACCUGGAGGAGACAGUUCUUCUUCUUUGGAUAGUUCUAUUAAUUCUUCAGAUACAAAAGAGCAGUGUCCUAAAUACCAGGGUUCUCGGUGUUCUUCUGAUGCCAAUAUGCUUGGAGAGAUGAUGUUUGGCUCUGUAGCCAUGAGUUAUAAGGGUUCUACCCUAAAAAUUCAUCAAAUUCGUUCUCCUCCCCAGCUUAUGCUUAGCAAAGUUUUUACUGCACGUACUGGAAGUAGCAUCUAUGGAAGUCUAAACACGCUACAAGACAGUCUUGAAUUCAUUAAUCAGGACAAUAAUACAUUAAAGGCAGAUAAUAACACGAUUAUCAAUGGGCUUCUUGGAAACAUAGGUCUUUCACAGCUUUGCAGCCCUAGGCGGGCAUUCUCUGAGCAAGGCCCGCUCCGCCUGAUCAGGAGCGCCUCUUUCUUUGCAGUUCACAGUAACCCAAUGGACAUGCCUGGAAGAGAGCAGAAUGAAGACAGAGAUAGUGGCAUAGCACGCUCUGCAUCUCUUAGCAGUUUGCUUAUUACUCCAUUUCCUUCUCCAAACUCCUCACUUACCAGAAGUUGUGCUAGCAGUUACCAACGACGCUGGCGACGCAGUCAGACAACCAGUUUGGAAAAUGGGGUCUUUCCUAGGUGGUCUAUAGAAGAAAGCUUUAAUCUGUCAGAUGAAAGCUGUGGUCCAAAUCCUGGAAUUGUUAGGAAAAAGAAGAUUGCAAUUGGUGUAAUUUUUUCACUUUCCAAAGAUGAAGAUGAAAAUAGCAAAUUUAAUGAAUUCUUUUUUUCACACUUUCCUCUCUUUGAAAGCCACAUGAACAAAUUGAAGAGUGCAAUAGAACAAGCUAUGAAAAUGAGCCGGAGGUCAGCUGAUGCCAGUCAGCGCAGUUUGGCAUAUAAUCGUAUUGUUGAUGCCCUAAAUGAAUUCAGAACAACAAUUUGUAAUCUUUAUACGAUGCCUCGAAUUGGAGAACCAGUCUGGCUCACAAUGAUGUCUGGAAUUUCUGAGAAGAACCAGCUUUGCCAUCGUUUCAUGAAAGAAUUCACUUUUCUGAUGGAAAAUGCUUCCAAAAACCAAUUUUUACCAGCUCUCCUUACAGCAAUCCUGACCAAUCAUCUUGCCUGGGUCCCAACAGUCAUGCCUAAUGGACAACCACCUAUAAAAAUCUUUUUAGAAAAGCAUUCCUCUCAGAGUGUGGACAUGUUGGCAAAGACACAUCCCUAUAACCCACUAUGGGCACAACUAGGAGACUUAUAUGGAGCAAUUGGCUCUCCAGUAAGGUUAGCAAGGACGGUAGUGGUUGGCAAAAGACAAGACAUGGUCCAGAGGCUGCUUUAUUUUCUUACCUAUUUCAUAAGAUGUUCUGAACUUCAAGAGACCCAUCUCCUAGAGAAUGGAGAAGAUGAAGCCAUAGUCAUGCCAGGGACGAUUAUUACCACAACUUUAGAAAAAGGGGAAGUGGAGGAAUCUGAAUAUGUGCUUAUCACAAUGCACAGGAACAAAAGCAGUUUGCUCUUUAGAGAUUCAGAAGAAACAGGGGCUCCUCAUUGUGACUGUAAAUAUUGCAAAUGCCCACUUGUACAAAAUGUAGAGAGUGUUUCACAAGAGAAAGAUGUUCAAGACACUUCUCAGCAGCUGCUGGAAACUUCUUCAGAUGAGUGCAGGAUAAUUUCUCCUUCUGGUUGCCAAGAAAAUGCUGUUGACAUUAAACAGUGCAGAGAUAAAUUGAGAACUUGCCUUGACACCAAGUUAGAGACUGUAGUUUGCACAGGAUCUGCUCCAGCAGACAAAUGUGUGUUGGCAGACUCAGGACUGGAGCCAGCAAUAGAAACCUGGAGAAGUGCAGAAUCCCUGGACUCGGGGAAAGGGAUGAGAUCAACAAGCAUAGCUGUGGAAAAGAAACCACCAGAUAAGCUCAUAUCUACCACAUUUUCUUGUGAUGCUUCACAGACAAAGGUCACGUUCCUUAUUGGGGAUUCCAUGUCACCUGAUUCAGACACAGAAAUCAGAAGUCAGGCCGUUGUGGAUCAAAUCAUAAGGCAUCACAUGAAACCAACAAAGGAGAGAAGAAUGACUAUUACUGAGCAUCAUGAAUCUAAGCUUGUGGUUGAGGACCAAAUCAGAGAUCAUGGAGUGCAUGAAGUAUUAUUUCCUAGAGUUGCCAGUGCACCUCCAAAUUGGAAUCAUUCAAAUCUGGAGAACAUGAGUUUAUUUGAUGAAUAUUUUAAUGAUGACUCAAUUGAAACCAGGACUAUUGAUGACGUUCCAGUUAAAACAAGCACACACAUUUUAGAACACCAGAGCAAUAUGUUAGAUUUUUCUAAAAAACUAUGUACCAAGAAUAACAAACAACCACCCAGUGAAUUUUGUACAUUUGUGGAAUCUGUGCACCAAGAUUCAUGUAAAACCUGCUUUCCAAAGCAAGACCAAAGAGAUACGAAGUCUGUUCAUGUCCCCCAUGGGGACAAAGAGAACGUGGAGAGAAAAAUUGCUGUAGGAACUGAAUGGGACAUUCCAAGAAAUGAAAGUUCAGAUAGUGCUCUUGGUGACAGUGAAAGCGAAGAUGCUGGUCAUGAUAUGACUAGACAGAGCAAUAACUAUUUUGGAGGAGACCGAGAAGACUGGGCAGAAGAGGAUGAAAUACCUUUUCCAGGGUCAAAACUAAUUGAAGUGAGCUCUGUCAAGCCCAGCAUUGCCAAUUUUGGAAGGUCCUUGCUAGGUGGCUACUGUUCAUCUUAUGUACCUGAUUUUGUUUUACAAGGAAUAGGAAAUGAUGAGAAACUUCGGCAGUGUUUAAUGUCAGACUUGUCCCAUGCUGUACAGCAUCCAGUGUUGGAUGAACCCAUAGCAGAAGCUGUUUGUAUUAUUGCAGACAUGGAUAAGUGGACUGUACAAGUGGCCAGUAGUCAAAGACGAAUAACAGAUAAUAAGAUGGGAAAGGAAGUUUUAGUUUCCAGUCUUGUUUCCAACUUGCUUCAUUCCACUCUACAGCUUUACAAGCAUAAUUUAUCUCCAAACUUUUGUGUCAUGCACCUGGAAGAUCGGCUGCAGGAGCUCUACUUCAAAAGCAAAAUGCUCUCUGAGUAUCUGAAAGGACAGAUGCGAGUCCAUGUCAAAGAGCUGGGCCUGGUGCUAGGGAUUGAAUCCAGUGACCUCCCUCUUCUAGCAGCUGUAGCAAGCACUCACUCUCCAUAUGUUGCACAGAUACUCCUUUGAAAUGCCUGCAAGCUAAGACAUUAACUUGUGUAAAAUUGAGCAGAAGCAAAGGAAGCAGGCACAAAAGAUAUAUAUAUAUAUAUAUAUAUUUGUGCUGCUCCAGAGGUAUCUGAAUUGACUGAUGGACUGGGGAAGCUGACUGGGACUUCUGGAUUACACAUUCUACAAACAUACUAUUACUUUUUUUACAUAGUUAUUUGUUUUAAAAUAUUGAAUGUGAAACAGAAUUACUAAUAGUGGGGAAAGAGUCUUGAACAAGCUAAUGGAGUUUUCUAUAAAGGUGAUCACAGUGUAUAGAUAUUCAGAUUAUCACUGCAAUGUGGCUACAAUUUAACCAUGUUCAAAUAUGAGGUUGAAGCGGCUGCCUUUUGAGUCAUUGUGAUUAUUCAGUGGCACAGGUGUCAGAUUUCUUUUUUUUUUUAAUCUAAACUCUUAUGGUACAUCAGUUUAAAGCAUCUUGUAAAUUUUCUUUAAGAGAAUAGCAAACUUUGGACUAUUCCUCAGAAUACUUGUUUAUGACAUAAAUCUCAGAAAAACAUGAGUAUGUAUAUUAUAUACAUAAGUGUACAUAUAAAUAUCUCUUGAUUUCCUAAAAGGGCUGGGGAAGGAAGACAGGUGAGAUUAGUAAAUGUGACCUUUAUUUCUUGUGGAUUUUUAAAAAAUUAAUAUUGUUUGCAAAGUUGACAAAUUGCUUUACAGUGAUACUUUUGUUUCACACUAAAAAGGGGGGGACAAUGCCAGCAUUUCUCUUUAAGACUGAAGGGUGUGAGUUCACAAAAUAGCAAGAGCAUAUAACUUGAUACCUUUUUGUUUUGUUGGUAAGUAUAGGCUCUUUCUGCUUCCCUGUAUCCACAGCUAGUAAGAAAAUGGUAGGAAAAGAGAUCAAAUGAACCAAAACAUUGGGAAAAGUAAAGCUGUCAUCUUUUUAAAAUGCUCAGGUACAAAAGAUUUUUCUCUUUUAGUUAGCAACCCUACAAAUACUUUAAUUUCUGUUGUACUACAAUAGUACUCAACCACAGCUCUUAAAGUCUCUCUGGGUUUCCCAAAAUUUCAAUUAUUCACCUGUCAUGUCUCUGUAUAUACUGUAGAUGUGUUAAGUAUAAAAAUAACUAAUAUGGAACCAAACUCUUGUAUGUAUUGUAAAUAGAGUAGGUGAGUGGAUAAAAUUUCCAACAUGCUCUACUACCUCAGUUUAAUUGAAUACUACAUCGUAGUCUCUUCUUUGCUUGUCUAACCUAAGCAUUGUCAAAGUUGUGAAUGAGAUUGGUUUCUGGUUUUCUCUACAAUAUUCACUAUAGUUAACUGCUUAUCUAAAGAAUCUUGAGCCAUCCCAGCUCUCACGGUAUUUCUAAGUAAUCAGUCCAUUCAUGCUCUUCAUAUCCAUCUUGCUCCCUAAUUUGCAAAAUGUGGUAUUGUGAUUGGCAAAGUGCUUCUAUCUUGAGUUUACUCAGCACAUUUUGCCUUGAGUCUUUUAUGUAUGAUAGAGAUAUUCAGUCAAACUAAGAAAAAAAUCUGUUUUAAUGGCAUUGGUUGCUGGGCUAAGUGCUUAUCCAGCUAGUGUGACUGGAAACUGUUCAGCAACUUGAGAAUCCUUGGAUGUUAUAGUUGCUAAAAUGGCAUUGAAUCAAAGAUUUUUUUUUCCUUUGGGCUCCUUUUUCUUUUUCCAUCUGUUAAGUGAAUUCUGUUUUCAGCUGUGGCUUGGAAAACUUUGACUGGCCUUGAAUUGUUUUGCUGGAAUUCAGAGUAUGGAAAAGAAGUGCAAUUGUGGACUUUGUACAGUUUUUUUCCCCUUUUGUUGACAGUGGCACUAAAGGACUCACCAGAUAGAUGGUGUUUUGUUUCUGAAUUCUUAACAAAAAUGAAUCAAUCUAUAUAUACAUUGAACUUCAGGAAUUUGAGUGCCUGGGAAAUAUGAUGGGAAUAAGAAAGGGAUGGCCCGUGUUCUUCCUGCUUCCCUUGAAAAAGUUUUGUUAGAGAAAAAGGCUUCCAAGCCUUCAAAGAAUUUCUUGAUCCCUUAAGAUAUAUAAAUAUAGUAACUGAACCUUCCAAAAUUUUGGUUGCUUAGUCCUAAUUCCUCUUUCCUUGUGGAAAUCUGAAGAGCAAAGCUUUCUACUAAUUGGAGGGUAUCAGAUGCUUCCCUUUCUGCUUACAGCAUGACCAUUUUGGUGACUUUGGGAAAGAUUUUUAAACUGUCAGAAAUUUUAUGAUACAUAUGAAACACGGUACAUAGAGAAACCUGUUUGUUGUAACAACAAAUGAAAAAGGGGUCUUUAACAUAUAGUAUUAUUGACUUAAAUUUCUUCUUUUUUGUAUAUAAAUUAAUCUUUUGAUUUUAAAUAUUCUCCUCCUUAUGAAAAUGUCUUAAUUUUAAGAAUGAAAAUGUUAAGUGCACUAAACAUGUACUCAAACAGAUUUACUUUUGUUCCAAUCAACAAACACUGGGAUGCUCAACACAAACAAAAAAAAAAAUGAAUUGAACCCAGAUUUUACACAUUGCAGACUUUUCUGUUCCAGUAAGUGUUUUAUGACAAUUUCUGCUUUAUCUAAAUUAUUUAGAUGGUGGUUUGUGUAAAAUACUGGGUCAAAUGUACAUACUGGUUGUUUCUUGUUUUGUAUAUAUUUCUCAACUGUUGCACUUGUAUUAUAAUAACCAUUCCCAAUUUUAGGGGAAAUUUGUGCAAUAAAUACACAUCAAUUCA